CGGCUCCUGCUGGGGUUUCGUUCUCCGCCUCUUGGCUGCACUUCCUGCUCUGCCCGCAGUGCCUCCGGCAGCACCCGCGGCUCCUCAGCGCCAGCUCCUUCCUCCCGGUCUCGGCGUGCGGCUUUCCAGGAGCUGCAGCUCCUUCCCUCUCAGCUUAGACGCUGCUGCUGUGAAAGGGGGGCGGGGAGCUUUAUCUGCUCUCCUUGAGGAGGCGCCGGCCUUACGGCUGAGGAAGAGGGGCUGCGAGGGGCAGGAAGGUAACUUCCGUUUCCUGACAUGUGCUUCUAAAAUAAACCUUUGAUCCACACCAUUUGGCUUGCCAGUUUGGUUUCUCUGAGGAUCAAAGGUCUUAACAGGCUGGUGAGACUUCCUUGUUCCUGUAACCUGAACAACUUCAUCACAAAAAUCUAUAGAGACCUAUAAUUUCUUUGAGAUGAUAGGACUAGGAAAUGGCCGUCGAGGGAUGAAGUCUCCACCUCUUCUGGUCGCAGCACUGGUGGCUUGCAUAAUUGUUUUGGGUUUCAAUUAUUGGAUUGCAAGUUGCCGCAGCAUUGAUUUGCAGAAUCGUAUAAUGGAACUAGAAGGCAGAGUCCGCAGGGCGGCAGCAGAAAGAGGUGCUGUUGAACUAAAAAAGAAUGAAUUCCAAGGAGAGCUACAGAAACAGAGGGAACAGAUUGACAAAAUCCAGAAUUUGCAUAACUUCCAGAUGGAGAGUACUAAUAAAAUACACAGGGAUGAGAAGGCAAUGUUAAUGAAUAACAUCACAAUAAAUAAGAAAUUGAUCCAGAACUUCCAAGAUCACUUGAAAGAGUUGCAGAAGGAAUAUGGGAAACUCCAACUGGAUGUAUAUCAGUUCCAGAAAAACCAGACGAACCUUCAGAAGAAAUUUACAUAUGAUAUGUCUCAGUGUAUCAGUCAGAUGAAGGAACUGAAAGAACAAUGUGAAGAAAGGAUAGAAGAAAUUAUGAGAAAAGGCAACGAGAUACCGCAAAGCAAGGGGAAAAAAGACAUGUCUGACAAGUCUUAUCAAAUUGAUAUUCCAGUACCAACAUUUGGACAACUGGAAUUCCAACAGCGUGACUUGACAAAACAGGGAAAUGAACCUGAAGAAAAACAAAAAAUAUCUAAAAUCUCAGAAGCUUUAGAAGCACCAAAACCAACACCUUUCAUAAAAAAUGUAGCAGAACCAGAUUAUCAUAAAUACAGAGGAAAUAAUGAUGUUGUUGCCAUAAAUAAAGAAGAGCCCCCAAAUGAGGAAGAAAAGUAUCCUGUUGACGAGGACCAUCCAAUACUUGCUAAGUCUAGCAAAGAUCACAAGGAAUUGCAUCCAGAACUUGGCACAGAACAGAAUCCAUAUGAGGAUAUUAGAAAUGCACUGGGCGAAGUUGUAGAAAGGCAGAAUGUGAAAUGGCCAGGACCUUUAGGACACCGAAAUACCAAUCAGGCAAAUGAUGAUGAUGAUGAAGUUGAACGAGAGCAACUGUUAAACGAUGAUCUGCAGCAGGAUGACCAGGAGAUGAGUGAACUAGGAACAAAGACAGCAAGACAGGUUAACAAAGGAGUGGAUUACAAUUCGGAUAAGAAUGAGGCAGAGACUGAAACUGAUAAACAACCUGCCCUUGUUGACCAUCAACGUAAUUUGAAUGGUAAACCUUCCUACCUUUCUGUUUCUGCAUUGUUCUAACACUUGUUCACUGUAGACCUUUAAAAUGAUCUACAGCUAAUUAAUCUAUGCUUGAUCAAUCUUAUUGGAGUGCUGCAACAGCUUCUUUAAUAUUCAUCUUUUGUUCAAAAGGAAAUUGGAUAGCUGAUUUUGUUACAAAGGAGAACUAGACACUACUACACUGUUUUCCACCGAAACAUCUGAGUACUUCAUCCGCCACAUGCUGGACUGUCUUUGUUUCAGAAUGCUUGGUUUGGGUCCUAGUGCCUACCUAGUUCUGUUGGGUAGGCACUAGGACCCAAGCGAAGCAUUCUACAACAAAGACAUUCCAGCAUGUGGCAGAUGAAAUUACAAUUUUAUUUGGAUGUCUUGGUGGAAAACAUUAUAGCUGAUGUACUUUUCUGGAAGAAAAGUUUUACAUGUGAACUUCUUCAUCAUAUUUGUUUAAGUGGAUUUUGCAGAAUCUUACAAGGAAAGGCACUGCUGGUUAUGCAUUCUUACAGAUAUACUGCAUUCCAAUUCUCAAAAGAAUCAAGAUUACAUUAAAUUUCAUCUUUCAUUUCAGUAAUCUGAAAAUCCAAUCAUGCAAAAUUAUUGGGAUAUCAACAGAAGUUGUGAACAAAGAGGUCAGCACCUGACACUGCAAAAACAGCUGAAACCAGCUGAGCUCCUCAAAGCUUGAAUAACUCAACUAGAAUCUCACUGCUGACAUUUGUUUAAAUCAGCUGUUACUUUACUUAGAAAUGACUCCUGAUUUUAAAGAACUAUAAUAAGAUUCUGGUAUUACACACACAGAUUGUGCCAUAAUAACAUUUCAGGAGGAAGAAAGUUGUCUGUAGUUAGUCUUCAGAUGCCUAUCCUGGUAUUCUUUCUCAAAAAAACACAAAAACCCUGGCUGGAAUUUCAGUGGAAUCUCAUAGAUGAACUUUAGCUUUAGAAAUACUGUUAAUGCCUCUUCCCACAACCUCCCAAAUUAGGUGAAGUUCUUUGAAUAACUAUUCUGUUUUGCUACAUUUCUGUUCUAGUAGUGAAUUUGGACAAAUCUUAGUUUUACGAGUUUACACUCUUCUACCCACUUUGAUAAAUUCAACUGUAAUCACAGGGAUUUACUUUUAAAUAAAUAUGGAUUGGGCUGCAAGUAUGUUCUCUUAACUCCUCUUUUGGACUGUAUGUUUUUCAAAUAUAACUACAGGACUUGAAGGUGUUUAAUUUAACCUCAUGUACAAAGUCUUUCUAGACUUAGGUAAAGUAGAUUUUUAAAAAAUCUGACAUUAUCUUUGGUUUGCAGGCAGCUGAUCAUGUAUUUAUGAUCGUGCAUGCAAUGAGUGGAAUAAACUUGCAAUCCUUUUACAAGUCCCCCGUGUGUUUGCUGCUAUAAAUCAAGUAUCUUGUUGAAAUUUAAAAUGAAGAGCUGCAGUACUGUAAUUGUAUCACAGACUGGAAAGGGCUUGGUACUGAACUGGUAUUAAUAUGACUCAGAACCACUUUACAGUAGUUGAGCAUGACUUUGGUUUUACCAGCCACAAAACUGAGUCUUAAAGCUAAGGGUAAUUAUCCUGGAUUGUCAAAUGGAAAGAUUAAUAAACUACUACAAUAAGUAAAAUUGACUGUAAUGAUUGUAUAUGUUUAAAUUUUCAUUUCUGUAUGAAAGUGUUGUUUUGAAUUUGAUUACUUUUAAUAAAACUGAGUUAUGUGUUUGUGCCAAGUUGGAA